CCCUGUGUCACUCAGCCACCACCCUGGACCCCCUAUUUCCCCGGACCACCUCUGCUUAGCACUCCCGUGUCCUGGCCUUAGAAACUCCCAGGGGCUCCCAGACACACAGCCUCAAAUUAGGCCCUAGCCCCCCCAGCAGUCCUCCAUUCCCUUCUCUGGCCAUCCUUCCUCAUCCCGCCUCUCACUCUACCCUGAAGGCUACCUCUGUCCCCUCCUCCCAAGUGACCUAGGAACCCAGCGUCUGGGACUUGGCCUCUCCCCUGUCCACACUGUCAGGCAGGACAGGGACCCUGACUUCAGCUCUCUGCUAUUGGUGCCCCAGAGGCUACGCUGAGCUUGUGCGCUCCCUCCUGUCCCAGGAGCAGGCCCCCAGCACCCAGCUGCCUGGCCGCCAUGCACAAGCAUUAUAAAGUCCACUUCGCCAAGGACGCCCAGACCCCUAGCGGGCACUACUUCUGGGACCCAGAGUUGGGGCACCAAAAAGGAUGCUGCCAUCCGCGACGCCAGGACUCAGCAGCCCUCCGAGCCCAUGGGCCCUGUCGGCCUUCCCCCCAGUCACACUGGCAGCUGGCCUACCACAGCCACCGAGCGGGUAGCAGUGGCUGGCGCCGGGGCCCCCCACCCUCUGUCCAGCAGCGGCAGCCCCAGCCCCUACCUCCCAGCCCCAUGCGGCAGCAGCUCUGCCCCAUUCACGAAGCCCAGAAGGGGCCGCCUGCAACCUCCACUGUCCCCAGGGGACCAGCCAGCGCCCCCCAGGCGCCCCCCUUAGCCACCACGGCACUCGCCACAGCCAGCAGCGGCCCAGCCAUACGCACCGCGGCCAGCGUCUUCCUGGAGCCCAGCGAGCCCACUGAUGCCCGGCCCCUGCCUGCCCCAGCGGCCUGCGGCUCCUUCACCUACAGCUCUGACAUUCUAACAGAGGAUGACGUUUACUGCAGCUGCCUGGCCAAGACACUCUGCCACGUGCCAGUCCCUGUGACCGUGGGUUUCUACGCCCCCUUUGGCUGCCGCCUGCACAUGAUGCUGGACAAGAUCACGGCGCUGAUGCAGCAGGAGGCGGCGCAACGCGAGAGCGAGGAGCUGCAGCACGUGCAGUGGCGACCGCGCGCCGUGAGCGGCUGGGGCGUCCCGCAGCUGCUGUGGUACCUGGUGUUCCUGCAGCCCAUCAUCACCGAGGUGCACCUGCGGCGCAGGAACGUGCAGUUCCUCUUCAUCCGCUUUAGCGCCUGGCAGUAUGCGGGCACCGACAAGCUGUGGGCCGGCCUGGUGACCACGCUGUGCGAGGGCAUCCGCCACCACUACGGCGCGCUGCCCUUCAGCGUGUACUCGGUGCUGGGCAACAAGCCGGCCACCAGGCAGGGCUGCUGCCACAACGAGUGGCACUGUCGGCGCCGUGUGUGCCUGGGGCUGCUGGCGCUGCUGGCGGCGCUGGGCCUGGGCGUGGGGCUGCUCUACCUGUCCCUGGGCGGCCACGCGCCGGGCCACGGCGGUCCGAACGGCAGCCUGCUCAAGGUGUUCGGCGGCGCGGCCACCACGCUGUCGGGCUCGGGGCUGCUCAUGGCCGUGUACUCGGUGGGCAAGCAUCUGUUCGUGAGCCAGCGCAAGAAGAUCGAGCGGCUGGUGUCGCGCGAGAAGUUCGGCAGCCAGCUGGGCUUCAUGUGCGAGGUGAAGAAGGAGGUGGAGCUGCUCACCGACUUCCUGUGCUUCCUGGAGAUCUACCAGCGGCGCCGGCUGCGCGUGGUGCUGGAGGUCACCGGGCUGGACACGUGCUACCCGGAGCGCGUGGUGGGCGUGCUCAACGCCAUCAACACGCUGCUGUCCGACAGCCACGCGCCCUUCAUCUUCAUCCUGGUCGUGGACCCCAGCAUCCUGGCCGCGUGCCUGGAGAGCGCGGGCAACAUGAAGGGCACGGCCGACAACGGCUACCUCUUCCUCAACCGCACGGUCACGCUGCCCUUCUCCGUGCCCAUCAUGGGCCGCCGCACCAAGCUGCAGUUCCUGCAUGACGCCGUGCAGAGCCGCGACGACCUGCUGUAUCGCGAGAUCACGCGCAAGCCGGGGGCUGCGGGGGGCGGCGGGGGCGACAGGGCGCAGCUGCUGGCGGUGCAGAUGCAGGUGGGGCCCGAGCGCCGGCAGGGCCGCAUCGACGCGGAGGCGGCGCGGCGCAUCCAGGAGGCGCUCUUCUGCCUGCACGAUGAGCGCGACUGCCUCUACGAGUACGUGCCCGACAACGUGGUGUCCAUGCGGCGCAUCGUCAACACCGUGCCCAUCACCGUGCGCCUGCUGCAGCAGCAGCAGCAGCAGGGUGACUUCGGGGGCCCCACGCCGCGCCAGGCGGUGGCGUGGGUGGUGCUCGCCAACCAGUGGCCGUGCCGCCUGAGCUGGGCGCUGCAGUGCCUGGAGGACCGGCAGCAGACCGGGGGCGCGCCCGAAGGUCGCGCGCGCCUCUGGGACGUGUUCCGCGACAACAGCCGCGAGCUGCACACCAUGACCAAGGCGUUGCAGAAUGUGCUGGACCUGGACGGCGACCCCGAGCUCUUCGAGCGUUUCCUGGGCGCCGACUUCCCCUUCACCGUGGCCGAGGCGCAGAGCCUGCUGCGCUGCACUGUCAACCUGGACCACUCCAUCCGCCGGCGCAUGGGCCUCAUCCGAGCAGUCAGCGCGCUCAAGCCGCCCAGCCCGCCCAAAUCCCCUGCUCGCGAUGCCCCCCACGCUGCCCACCGGGCCAACAGCGCCUCUAGGGCGUCCCCGUCGGGCUGUGCCGCAGGGCAAGCCGGCGAAGGCCACCACGCUGGGGACUUGGCCCAUGCGGGAAAGCCAUGGCCAGUGGCCUGAGCGCUCUUCUGUCCAGGGGAAUCCAGGCCAGGUGGGCCCUGA